AUCUUAAAUAUCCAAUCAAAUAUACAUUGAAUGCGUUUGUUCGGUUUUAGCUAUUUGGUAGACAAAAUGGCGUGCUGAGCCUUUCGCAGAGUUGUUUGUGAGAGCAAGGAACGACAACUCUGCGUGGAGAUUGGUUCUAAAUAAGGAAGUAUUUAUAAACUUAAGUUAACCAACCGGCCUGUAACCGUCAACGAUGAUCGAUAUAAUGGCGGAGAAAACAAAUAAGAGUGCGGAAGAAAAACAUAAUCGUGUGGAUGUAAACAAUAAGUGUACAAUGGAUGGACAAAGAGCGAUUGGCGCCUGGCUGUUGCUCUUCGUUAUGUGGACAGGUCGUACCGAUGGAUUUUGUAAAGACGACAAUGACUGCUUUGAUCUUCAUUCUCCUCGAUGUUACAACGACUCUAUCCAGAGCUACUGCAAAAAUUAUGAUAGCUGUCAACAGGAUGCUGACUGUGGAUUCCCGUUGAUUACUUGCACGCACGGAAAUUGUCAGCCAAAGAAAUGCUUAACGGAUGAAGAUUGUCAUGGCGACAAUUCUGCAUGUUUCUAUGGCGACUGCUAUUGUAAAUCGGGAUAUAGAAAAAUGGACGAAUCCUGUGUUUCUGUCAUUGGUUUGCAAUGUCGUCAAUACAAUGUUGAUUUGGACUGUAAUCCUACGCUGUUUGAACUUACAAUGAGGUUGCUGUUUGAAGUCCCGAUUAGUAAUGGAUCAAUGCAAUAUAACAGCACUGACUAUGUGUGUGACCAAAACUCCAACACUUGCCAAUGUGAUACAGAUGUCCUUAAAGGAAUAAAUGGAGUUUGUAAUUCAUAUCUGGGCUCUGAAUGCAAAUCAUCAUUGGAAUGCGGUCGGAAAUCAAACAUGUCCUGCAUUGAGGGCGCAUGUGCGUGCAGUGCAGGCUUUGUACGGAGGGAAUCAAAAUGCAUAUGGGUUAUGGAUGCUGGAUGCAGUUCGAAUGAAGACUGCUUUUAUGAAGGAUUUGAAUGCAAUACCACAGACAUAGGAUCGUAUUGUCGCUGCCCAACUGGACAUGCUGUGAAAUCUCCGAAUAAUGCAACAUGUGUGGAAGUUUACGGAUCCAGCUGUGCUGACAUACACAUGUGUGGAAAUACAGAGAGUUUCUUCUACCGUCGCUCAUAUUUUGAGAUCCAGUACAAGUAUAAUGACACUUACGCCAAUAAAGCUUUUCACUGUGAUCUUGACAACGUGUGUUCGUGUGCACCAGGGUUCAGAUGGAACCAACAAAUAAACAACUGUGAACACAUUUACGCAUCGGAAUGUAACAGCGACAUUGACUGUAACUCUGAAAACCCAGACAGUGCAAGCAACGCCAGUAUGCACAUUUGCAAUAACCAAACGCAACAAUGUGAAUGCGGACAUGGUUUUAGUGUUCAUACUAUCAACGAUUUUGACGUAAACCAACAUGUUACUCGUCGCGUCUGCAUAAGAGCUGAAACAUUGCCGUGUACAUCCGACGCAGACUGCAAUGUCGUGAGAGUCAACUCCGUUUGCAGCAGUAGUUCAAUGUGCAUCUGUGCUGAUGAUUUCAUAGAACGUGAUGGAGCCUGCAUACUGGAAGAGAGUGUUUGCCAAGAACAUGUUCCCAAACUUCCUGAUCUUUACCGCCGAUCUCCGAAGUACACUCUUACUUCGACCGAACCGCCAAUUAGAGACGACCGAUUAAAAGACAUAUGGUACAACAUCGGACCAGCUAUGAUAAGCACCGACGGGAAGCUAACUGGACGUUCACCAGGCACAUGUGGGACAUAUUAUCCGAUUUAUCUCGCAGAAUCUAUAACAAUUAUGGAACAAAACGAAGUCGACUCGGGUAACAAUAUAACAAAACAAGCCGUGAUCGGAGGAUUGCAAGAAUUCGGAAUGGCUUACAACCUUUCUGUCCAGCUGCGAAAGUGUGGAGCGGAGUACCUGGCAAGGCUGCAGGCUCCAUCCGUUGUUUUCGCCGCAUAUUGUUUAGCUGGUGCCUAUAAACAUUUAACUCAGUGUUGA